GAGAUACUGCAGGAAUGCCUGUAGGGCUGUCCUGCAAACUCUGUGGGUGAGCUCCUGCUAACCCAGAGAAGCAAGGGACAAGAGUGUCACCAAGGUGAGAGCUGUACUCAGCAGCUAGGCUCUCUGAGGCUGUAGCAAUAGAGCAAUUUCUCCAGAACCCUCUGAAUCAUCAUCAUUGCAUUUGGAUAGUCUGCUGGGCUUCCUGCAAACCCGUGUGUUCUCUCUGAGCAUCUUGAAAGCGUUUUGGCCUGCGCCACAGAUGCUGCAGUUCCAGCUUGUUGUGGUCCAUCUGGCCCUUGUGAUCACCCUGCUGCAGUGGCAUUCUAGUUCAGUGCUCCUUGCAGAGGCAGCUCCAGAGCCUUUGGAGCCUUCUGCUGCUCUGGGCAUGGCAGUGCAUCCUACUGCCAGUGAGGAGAAGUCAGCCUCCAGCCUGGCAGCCAAACUGCUCCUUCUUGACGAGUUGGUGUCUCUGGAGAAUGAGGUAACUGAGACAAAGAAGAAAAGAAGUUUUCCAGGAUUUGGGUCCCCGAUAGACAGAAUUUCCGCGACGUCUGUGGAUGCUAAAGGCAAACAGAGGAAAGUGGUUGAGCUGCCUAAGAGACGGUUUGGAGUUCCUCUUGACCGGAUUGGAGUGAGUCGUCUUGGCAACACCAAGGGUUCUUCAGUUCUGAAUGAUUGAUAUCAUACAGGAAACAUCACAGGAAUGUGGAAGAUGCAUCAGAGCACGUCUUGUCAUUGACUAAUGAUUCAACACUCAAGGAAUCGACCUCCUGCAAAAUCUUCUUCACCUUGUGUUUUACAACACUGCAUUUACAAAUAGUGACUAAUUUAGUUCAUCAGGUCUGGAUGCUCUCACAGCUGAGCACAGUGCCACUGAUAGGAGGAGACAGAAAAAAUACAUAGUUUAAUAGCAUGGCAUUUAUCUCUUAAACCUGCAGAAGUUCGUUCUUCAAGCAAGGACUGUUAGAGUUUUUGGAUUUAAAAUAAAACUCUCAGAGAAGCCAACAGCAAUCCAUGAAAUGCAGGCAGUUUGCUUUGAACACACCUUUCAAGUGGGUGUUUUUCUGUUAGAUGAAGGGAGGAUUUAACAGUUAUGGGACAAAUCCGUAUUUUAUUUGAACUGCUAUUUGGGAGAAGACAUUUACUGAUAUCAUUAGGAGUUGAUCUGAAUAAGAAGUAAGAAAAAAAUAUCUUAGGAUUUGCUCUGAUGCUUUUAACAGUCUUCCUUGUAUCUCUGCACCAAAUUUAGAAAUGUUUUCAUUGUACAGCAUAUCCUGACAUGUGGCAAGACUGUCAGCUUCCUCCUGCAAGCUAACAAAUGCAUUUCGGUCCUCCCUAUGCAUAACAUAGGAUAGCGUCCAAAUAUGAAGUCAUCUACUUCCUAGGCCAUCUGCAUUGUAUGCCUUAUUUUAGUCUCUUGAUGUGUGCAUGGGGCAUAAUCACAUAUGCAACUGCAAAAGUUCAAGCAUUUCUUAGACUGUUAACAUGUAAACGUGUGCCUGUUGUCUCUAUUUCAAUUCAGAGUAAAACAGGUUGUCUUGAA